GGCGGCGCUUGCCUAGCGCGGAGCUGUCACCGCCGACGGCUGUUCCCGCUCCGCCGCAGCGAUGGAACGCAACCCCGCCACGCUGCCGGCACCACUCUCGCCCAGAUCCAGUCUUGCUUAUGGAAAUGUUGAAGAUUUGAGAGCAGUGAAAAAACACUUUUGCUUGCAAAAAAGGAACAUUUUGGUCCACUUGUAAGUGUGACACUUGGUGACUCACCUGCAAGAUUUCUUGGCUGACAUCUGAAGAACAAAGUGCUUUUCAACCUGUACUUCUAUAGCACUAUGACUAACUGUAAAGGCAGAUCUACCAUCUCCAAAACAAAUGGCAAAGUCCAUGACAGAGAAGGCUUUGUAAACUGGACCAUAAAUCUUAAUACAAUUCAGUCUGAUAAAUUUUUGAGGCUGCUUUUAAGUAUGGUUCCUGUUGUUUACCAAAUAAACCAAGAGGAAAGAUACAAAAAGGUGAAUGGUGUCUGGCAAGAUGGAUUGCUACCAGUAGGACACAAUUUUAAUGUCAGGUCCGAACAACACCCAGAGUACCAUCACUUCUCAGAAGCGAGCUUUCAUGGUAGCAAUGGACACAGCCCAUCCAGCUGUAGCCCUAAAUAUGAUGAUUUUACCAGUUACAAUUACUGUGAUGGAAUGGACACUUCAGAAACAGAUGCCAUGUUGCAGGAUGACACUCUUUCUAGUGACAGUAAUGAGGAUAUCAUUGUGGAAGGAAGUAGAAAACAACCCAAAGAAUCGAGUAGUAUUAUGGCACUGCAGAUACUUGUACCUUUUUUGCUGGCAGGGUUUGGAACUGUUUCUGCUGGCAUGGUUUUGGAUAUUGUACAGCACUGGGAUGUGUUCAAGAAUGUUACUGAAGUCUUUAUCUUGGUUCCUGCGCUCCUUGGUCUCAAAGGAAAUUUGGAAAUGACCUUAGCAUCCCGGCUGUCAACUGCUGUAAAUAUUGGAAAAAUGGAUUCUCCCAUUGAGAAAUGGAACCUAAUAAUUGGCAAUCUGGCCUUAAAACAGGUUCAGGCAACAGUGGUUGGUUUUCUGGCAGCAGUGGCAGCAGUAAUAUUGGGCUGGAUUCCAGAGGGCAAAUACCACUUUGAUCAUUCAGUCCUUUUGUGUUCUAGCAGUGUAGCAACUGCCUUCAUAGCUUCUCUUUUGCAAGGAGUAAUAAUGGUUGGAGUUAUUGUUGGAUCUAAGAAGACUGGUAUUAAUCCUGACAACGUUGCCACUCCUAUUGCAGCAAGUUUUGGCGAUCUCAUCACCCUUGCCAUAUUAGCAUGGAUAAGUCAGGGUCUGUACACUUGCCUUGAGACAUAUUACUAUGUAUCUCCUUUGGUUGGUGCCUUUUUUUUGGCUCUGACUCCAAUGGGGAUUGUCAUAGCUGCCAAACACCCAGCUACCAGAACUGUCCUCCGCUCAGGAUGGGAGCCUGUUAUAACUGCCAUGAUUAUUAGCAGUAUUGGUGGCCUUAUUCUGGACACAACAGUAUCUGAUCCUAACUUGGUUGGAAUUGUUGUUUAUACCCCGGUAAUUAAUGGUAUUGGUGGCAAUCUAGUAGCUAUUCAAGCUAGCAGAAUUUCUACCUACCUCCAUUUACACAGCAUUCCUGGAGAGCUGCCAGAGGAGGCCAAGGGUUGCUAUUACCCAUGCAGAACAUACUGUGGUGCAGGAGUAAAUAACAAAUCAGCCCAAGUUCUACUUCUCUUGGUGAUUCCUGGACACUUGAUUUUCUUGUACACUAUCCACUUAAUGAAAAGCGGACAUACUUCUUUAACCCCCAUCUUUAUAGCAGUCUAUUUGUUGGCUGCUCUGCUGCAGGCCUACCAGCUUCUUUCAUCUCAUCUCCCUGCCUGUUCUGAGGAGAGGUUACUUCCAAAAGAUGAAGCGUAUAACUGCUAAAGAGACUAUAUUUCAAGGAAAUACGGAAAGCCAAGCCCAAAUCUGGACAGUUCUGUAUGUUCAGUGCUUUCUCCUUGCAGCAUGACAAGCAGACUUGCUAGACUCAUUGGGGUCUGACCAUGGGUACAACAGCUCCUUCCUUUCCAGCCAUGUUGCUGUCUGGGGUAGAAGCCCAGCUCCUACCGAGUCAUAGCAGGAAUUUGUCAUUUUUGCCUCCAGAAGGCUGGGCUCAAAGGGCUUGUGUAUGAGCAUACCAGAGCACUUACUGGUCUGGGUUACACAUGCUGGCGGAUAGCUGAGAAACAGCCUGAAAUUAGGACUGUUUUGGUGAAACCAGGGUGUCUGUCAAAGCUACAAAGAAAUCAAGAGGACAAUAUGAAAAGCUUAUAUGAAAUAUGAAAUCCAAAAAAAAAAAGUUCCUUCCCACAAAAUUAGGUCAAUAUAAUGAAAUUGACUCAGAAACAACUUCAGUUAAAGUGGUUUCUUUUUUUUACUUCAAAGAGGUCUUAGGGUGACAUCAGUGUAUGCUGUGCUGUCUGGGUACUUGGAUACCUUAGAGGAGCUGAUGCCACUUACUUACAACAGAAACAACAGUAACAAGAAAAAGCUUGCUGUUCAGUGGUUUCUUUGCAGCCAGGCAUUAAAGGAAAUCUCUGCAUGUUUGGAGGAAACAGUGACUUGUCCCCUCUGGACAUGACACAUGCCAGAUACUCUACCAGAGAAAAUCAUACAGAAAAAUGUAUUUUGAAAAAUGUGUGUUGUUCCUAGUCUGAGAGUUCACUGACAACAAAUUUCUGGCUGUAGAAAUGGAAACUCAGAGAGUUCAGUGUAGAUCUACUACAAGCACUUUACAGUUACUACUUCAUCAAAAGCCAUUUAAAAUUGGAGACAUGUCAUGCAUAAUUUGAAAAUGAACUUCAUGAACGGUCAAAGCCACUGGAAGACCUAAAUCAUAACUCUGGUGAGAACGACAGUCAGAACACUGUAGUCUUUAGAGAUUCUUAAAUGGGAUUUUUUAGUCAUAAUUAAAAUAUCAAAUAAAUAAACUUACAUUUGAAUUUCAUAGAUUUGUAAGUUCUUAGCCAGUAAUUGCCGGAUCUUUUCAUAGUGAAGUUAUGGAUAAAUUUUAAUUCAGUAUAAUUUUGAAAGUAAAGGAGACUUAAAACACAUUUGAAAAAGAUUAUCUCAGUUUAUUUACAUCUGUGUUUCCUGUCUAAGGUAAUAGAAUGCGACUAUUUUGUAAUGCAUCUUCAGAUGGAAAAAAUUUAAGGUGGAAUCAUCAGUAAUAGCAACAGGCAGUUUAACAGUUUAAUUUUCCAGCUUGGUGUUGCAAUUCACUUAUCACAGUAAAUAAUAAAAUUGAACAAUGCUAUGCUGUUUUACAAAUAUUCUUCAUUUGAAUAUUAUACUUUUAUCACUGUGAAUUUGACGUGCAUUCACGUGCAUCCAAUUUGACAUGUCCACAUGACAAAUUGACAUUACAGAUGAAAGAAACAAUAAAAAUAUGGUAGCAUCCUGCAACUUAUUAAUAAGGCUGUAGGAAGCCUAGGCAGUAUUAAGAAUGUUUGGAAGGAGUUAUGUAUUUUUAUUUUAAAUAAUAGAAUUUUUGUCUUUUCCCAUUUUAGGAAUCAUAAGAAAUUAUUUUCAUGAGAAAAUACAGAUGUACUACAUGAAAAAGAUCAAAAAUAACUUUUCUUCACCUAACUUUCCGUGUUAUUUAUAUCUAAAGACCUUGAAAGAAUGAAAGUAAAUUUAGUAUACAAUAACAAAGGAAAAAAAAAAACUGCUUUGUAGUGUGUUAUGUUCCCAUUUCUAGUCUUGCAGUCAUAAGAUUUGAACUUUCAAAAUAGUAAAGCUCACUCAUAUUUAAGUAUUCAUGUUAUUUCACUUCCAAUCUGAAAUUCAUGAUUUGAGUCAGAAAGUUCAGUAUCAAGAAUUACUCUCAAUUUCCAUCCUUUGUUGUACCAAAUAAUGUGAGUACUUAUAUUCCUUAUUUUUAGAUUCUUCAUCUUUAGGAUUUUUCAAGAUUUUCCCCUCCCUCCUACUCUAAUUUCUGUAUUCUGCUUCUUCUGAGGACUUUUUUUGACAGUGAGACCGAAGGGUGAUUUUUAGAAAUGCAGUCUAAGUCUGAUCAUGCCUUUAGUUUCAUUUUUCUCUCUUUUGAUUGUGAUUUUUUCCCCUGUAAUAACGAUAAUAAUAUAGCAUGAUUUUCCUUUUAAAACAUCUGGAAUUUUACUAGUAUUUUUGCAAUCCUGUCUCUGGACCCUUUUUUUCCCUGAUCAGUGACUGUUGAGUGUCUUUUCUUUUCUUAGCCAGAUCUUUUUAUAUAGAUAGAUAUUUGGUUAUUUUUUCCCUUUCUUAAAGCCUGCAGUUAUUUCAUCCUUCAGAAUGGAAGAAUUCCUAGAGCUUUUUUUCAUAAUUCUACUACUACUCAUCUCCCUUUUUGCAGAAAACUCUAUAUUAAAUAAUUUCUAUGCUAAAUAAUUUCAGCUCAUAUCUUGAACAGUGCUGCAUAUAUUUACAAGUUUUCCUACUAAUUUUCUACAGCAUUUCAUUCUAAACAUCAAAUUUUUGUACUGUAUUAUUAGGCUUUUCUGUGAUGUUCAUCCCUUGUUUUUUUCCCCUCAAAACCAGCUGGUUUACCAUUGGGAGAAGUAAGGCUUUCUUCUUCAUAGCAUGGCUGCAGGGCAGAAAUGCAGUGUUUGUACUGCUGUGCCAUCUGCGUCAAUUUACUGACAGAAGUAUCUGUCACUGAUAAAUAAAAAAUCUCACAAAAUGUGAAGUGUCAUCUUGCAAUGUCUCUUUUACAACGUUUUUUUUUAAUCUGUCAGAUCUUUAUGAGUCACUUAUCACUUUGAAUUCAAAACUCUUUCAAAAAUUCAGCAAACUCAUAGUAGAGUGCCUAUUUUCUAUUUUUCCCUUUAUUUUAUUUUUCCCCCAAAAUAAUAAUUUGAUUGAUGACUUCGAUUGCCUUGUCUUAACAGUGAUGAGAAGCAAAAUCUUCUUGAAGUCUUAGUCACAUCAAUUCCAUCUUGCACUAAAUACUAAUGUGAACAAAUAAGUAACCAUUUCCAAAGACUGAGCCAAAUAAUUCUUAAAUGUAUGUGAGUUUUCUAGCCAUGCAAAUGCAUGAUGAAUGAUCGCAUCAUUCCUUCACCAAAAUAAGUGAAGGCUGGAACUGGAGUCUCAUAACUUAAUCUGUGGGCACAAAGUCCUGAUUGCCAUCACAUACUGUUACAAGCACCAGUUAAUAUAAUCUGCUAUAAAUUUUUCUUAUGACUUACAAAAUGCAGACUUGUUAUAAUUUGCAUUAUUUGUUGUGCACCUGUACAUUAACACAGCAAAAAAAAUUAUUUGGGAAGGUUCACUGAGUUUCCAAACUGCCCCCUUAACACUGUAGUCUAAUUUCAGGAUGGAAAACAUAGCCAACUGAAAGGUUUUCAUGUUGUGAUUUUUAAGAGUCAAAAGUGAAUACUGUCAUCUGAAAUGGAGUGUAUGUGUUAUGUCUAAUUGGUUGUGUUAUAUAAAGGCAGUGUAUAUUUUUCUUGGAAUGGGUGCUCCCAUCUUCCAAUGGAACAUGUGUAAUCAUUGUGGAUGUGGGGCACUGCAGCAUCCUCUGAGCACAUCCUGCAGGAGAUGGGAAUGUGCAGGAUCUUUUAUAAACAGGCCUCUUUUUGCCUCUGUAAGAAGAAGGAGCUGACUCAAGGAAUCUGAUCGUCUUCCAAAGAAAACAUCUGUUUUAAAUAUAUUUGUUUGGAUUCCAGUCAGCGCACCUAGGACUUGCAUAAUUAGCUUAGACUACACAGUUCCCUUUUCAAAAGUUACGUUUAUAUAAAUAAGCCAUGCAUUUUUCAUUAAGCAAAUACUCUUCCUUUCUCCCUUUUUUUAUUUUUUUUUAAUUAUAAAUUCAGGCUUGUAUUUUAACAUACAGUUUUGCAAAGCAAGGAUUAAUUGAGAAACUUUUUCAACACAAUUAUUUGUAUGAUAUUCAUUUUGCUGUACUUAUGGUGGAGAAGUGUCUUUCAGCUAUAUGAGUGUAUGCAUUUAUAAGCAUGCUUUUGAUGCUGAUAAUUGAUUAUUUAGUAAAUAAAAUAUUGUCAUACUUUUUACUACUUUUGAUACCUACAUUAUUUUAAAUGUAGAUACUAGAGUUUUGAAAAAUUAAUUAUGGUAGUACAUGUCUUAAGUUUACCCUUCUUAAAGAUCUGAUUAACUAAAAAUACCUAAAAUACAGAAUUUAUUUCAACUUAAGCAUCUCCUUAGAGGCUACAAGAAGAAAUGAAACUCAGUGGCCCUUUCUCCAUUCAUCUUGUGCCAUUCCGCGCCACAUGAUUCCACUGAACCAGAAUCCCCUAUCAUACAGCUGUGCAACAUUAAAAGGAUUCUUUUCUAAAAUUGGGUUAAUCAUUAUGCAUAUCUUUCAUAUGAAGAUCAAGCCCCUCAAAUGUUCAGACAUUCACAGAUGGGAAUUAAACCUUUUACUUUGGGAAAAAUUCAGCCUGGAGUGACAAUUUCAUUGCAGGUGUGCCUUAUUGCAGAAGGGCUGAAGGUGUUUUUCAGCCAUAAAAGUAGAUUCUAGGCCAUUUUUUGCAGUUCACAUAACCCAGGUGAAACUUGUUAAUUUUACCUGUUAUUCUUUACAUCACAUCUGAUUUCAGUACUAGACCUGUCCAAACAGGAAUUAUGCCUGGGUUGAGUGUGUUCAUGUGGGGCAACAUGAUUUGGUUCUGAAUUAUCUCAAAGCCGUACUUAUUUUCUCUCU